GCGACAAUAAUUUUGGAUACAAGCGAUAGUAGUUUUCGGUACCGCGGAUAUCGCUGCCCGGCAGUGCGAAGAUGGCCCUAUUUAAAUCGUUCGAAGUGGUCCUGUUCGGUGGCAGUUUCCACCUCCCGUUGCCGCUGAUUGUCAACGUAAUCAUCUCCAUCGGAGCGUACUAUGUGGGGAACAAACUGAUGCCGAAGAUGAAGGCCAUGUUCAUCGCUGCUAACCUGUCCGGCAUCGAUAUGAACAAGGUCUCCAAACCGAAAAUUCCGGAGGCGUUCGGAGUGGUGACUGGUUGCAUCUUUCUGAUCUCGUUGUUCCUGUUCAUUCCGGUGCCGUUCGUCGGUAGCUUUUCCAAUGGAGACCAGGAAGAGUUUCCGCACGAUAAGUUUGUAGAAUUCAUAGCAGCAAUGCUUUCGAUUUGCUGCAUGAUUCUCCUGGGCUUUGCCGACGAUGUACUCAAUCUGCGGUGGCGCGAUAAGCUGUACCUGCCAACUAUCGCUUCCCUACCGUUGUUGAUGGUCUACUAUACCAACUUCAAUUCAACGACAGUCGUGUUGCCUAAAUUUGUGUCGCAAUUCCUGGGGACGUCCGUCGAUAUUGGUGUGCUGUAUUACAUCUAUAUGGGCAUGUUGGCGGUGUUUUGUACCAAUGCGAUCAAUAUUCUAGCCGGUAUCAAUGGGCUGGAGGUGUGUCAGUCGUUGGUCAUUGCGGGGUCGAUCAUCAUGUUUAAUGUGAUUGAAAUCAUCUCCGGGCACUGCAAGGAAGCGUACGAGUUUUCGUUGUACAUCAUGUUGCCUUACGUGGGAGCUACGCUGGCGCUGUGGAAGUAUAAUCGCUAUCCGUCGCAGGUCUUCGUCGGGGACACCUUCAACUACCUGUCCGGGAUGACUUUUGCCGUGGUUGGCAUCCUGGGUCACUUCAGCAAGACGGUUCUCCUGUUCUUCAUCCCGCAAAUUAUCAACUUCAUCUACUCGGUACCGCAGUUGUUCCGUUUCAUUCCAUGUCCCCGGCAUCGUCUUCCAAAGCACGACCCGAAAACCGACCUGCUCAACUAUAGUAAGACCCAAUUCCACGUCAAAGAUCUGAACAUCCUGGGCAAACUGUGCUACACCGUGUUCAAGCUCCUCCGACUGAUUCGGUGCGAGGAGAGCAAGGACGGAACUGUGAUUUGCAACAACUUUACGAUCAUCAAUUUUGCCAUUCUGUUGACCGGACCGAUCAGGGAGGACCGACUGAAUCGCUUGUUGAUCAUGUUUCAGCUGUUUUGUUCCUUGUUUGCAUUCACCAUUCGGUAUCCGUUGGCGCACUAUUUCUACGAAUACUAGCGGACCGGAUACUGGUGAAGGACUGAUUUCCAGGGUAAAACUGUGAAAGCAGAUGGAAAAACCAAAGGUACGAGUUUCAUUGAUUUAUUGUAAGUAUACU